AUGAGCGUAGCACGUCCGGCCGCCAGGAGGCUCGUUUCCGGGUCCCUCGCUGCGGCACCACGUGCUGCGUGCGCUGGUCCUUUGGCGGCGGUAGCUUCGACAACGACGACGACACCGACGACAACAUCUCCAAUAGGCACACCAAGAGCAGGAACGAUACCAACGACAGCAUGUCACCAACUCUCCUUCGUCCACCGGUUCCAUAGCUCACCACAGCUGUCGGCGAGACGGCGGCCACGGUUUGCGAAUGUGCGGGCGUCGGACAUGGGUCUGAUGAACGAGGAGCAAGUCGACAAGUUCACAAAGAAAAAAUUCCCCAAAUACCGCGAGGAGGAGUUGGAGGUGCUGCGGGAGAGAUACUCGCCGGAACAGUAUGCGGCCAUCGAGGCCGGUGAGGCGGCCGUCGACCCGCGCGAUUUGACGGUGCAGGGCCGCCUGCGGUUCGACCCUUACCGGCUGCCGUACAUCGACGACUUUGCCGAGUCGCAGGCCGUCAUUGACAAGCCGCCGAGGAAGGAACUGCCGCCGGACCCGAACGCGAGGUUCAUGGACCUGGACGAAUUUACCAAGGACUUGAUCAACUGGGUGGACGAGUUCCCGGACGGCGAGGAAACGGGGACGCUCAAGAAGCUGGAGGACUUUUUGCCGGAGGAGUCGAAGCACCUGCCCGAGAUACAAUGGCCGCGCGAGCUGCGCGAGAAGGUGCACAAGGACUACCAGGCGUACCUAACGGACCAAACCAACAAGGAAGCGAAGAAGAAUGAAGCCAACGCGGGGUUGGAGAAGAAUGAAGGCAGCAUCACGAGCACUGACGUCCUGAAGUACAUCCUGGAGCGGUCAGCGAUGACGGACGGCAACCGCAAGACCGAUACGUCGAUGGCGCGGGGCCUGCCGCGCAAGAUUCCCGGCGUGUCGGGCAAGUACAUCAAAGCGAUCGACCCGGCGGACGAAGGGCUGGACGACACGGGUCUGUACCAGGAGCUGAAGAAGCGCACGGGGCUGAAGAUGCGGGAUAUCAUGGAUCUCAAGACCAAGCAGCUCGUGGUGCGCAUCGUGUCGAACCAGACGCGUCUGGGCAAGAUCCGCAAGUUCAGCAUCAUGUGCAUCUCGGGUAACGGCAACGGCUGGCUCGGCUUGGGUCAGGCCAAGGCGGCUGAGCUGGUCGACGCCUCGAUUAAGGCCCGCCAAUUGGCCAUCCUCAACAUGAAGCCGAUCCGUCGGUACGAGAACCGGACCAUCUACGGUACGGUUUCCGCCAAGGUCUCGGGCACCAUUGUCAACAUUGAAGCCCGUCCGCCAGGCUUCGGUCUCCGCGUGCCGCACCGCAUCUUCGAGAUGUGCCGUGCGGCCGGCAUCACCGACCUAUCCGCCAACAUCCCACGCUCGCGCAACCCCAUGAACCAGGUCAAGGCCGCCUACUGGGCGCUCACGAACCAGCCGGACCCGGAGCAGAUUGCCAUCGGCCGCGGCAAGAAGCUGGUCGACGCGCGCAAGGUGUACUAUGGCGGUGCUGUGUACUAA